ACAAAUCAAUACUCACUUUCUUCAAUAAGUUAAUCUCAUUGCCAUAACUACCGAACCCAAACAAACCUCUUAUCGAAGUGUAUGGCGCACUGAUGCCGACGUAAGUUACCAAGUUCUCUUUAAAAUUAUUUUUUUUGUGCUAAAAAAUUACGUAAAUGUGUUAUCAUUAUAGAUCAGUAAUGAAUUAUCGAAGAUCACGUGUAUAUUCAGCUCCGAUACCAAAAAUGCCACCGGGUCUCUUAGAGUUAAUGGAAGGUCUAAGUAAAGAUGUUCUGAGAAAUAAUCCAAUAAAUAUUUACGAGUUUUGUGCAGACCACAUGCAGAAAUUGUUACAGAUACGUGACGAUCACCCACAUCAAAGUAUAAACUUGGAACAAAAGAUAAUUAAGGCACAAAAAAUAGUGAGAGAAAGAGCUAAACAGCGCCGUGAAACCUAUGAUAAAUUGAUAGCAGGCCAAAAAGGUAACUUCCUUAAUAAUCGUGCUUUAAGUUUACAUGGAUCAGCAAACGUUAAUCCUGAAAAUAUAAAAAUAUCAGAAGGAGAAUUACCUGUCAAUCAAAUAGAAGAUCUUGAUGCAGAAGGUCGGAUCGUCAUAAUAGAGAUGAAUAAUGAUGAUUUAAUUGUGAAUCGUGAGGCUGUAGAAGUACAAAAAAUAAAUGAUCAGAAUAUAUUUGAAGACGAGUCGAAAGAAAAAGGAAAUGAACAAAAUACCAUCGAUAUGGGCUUUGAAAAAAGAGAGAAUGAGAACCAAAUAGCAAUAAAUUUGAAAGAAUUUACAGAUAUUCCUAAUAAUGAAAAAAUUGAUGUUGACCAAAGUCUGACAUCGCUUAUUGAACCAAGCUUUGAAAUAAAUGCACCUGGCGAAAAAUCAGUACUAAAAGAAAGCUUUAAAGAAGCAAUUGACGAUUUUGAUCAAAAUAUUUAUAUUGAAAAUGAAAACAUAGAAACAGACGCUACUAAAUUGAAUAAACAAUCUACAUCUGUAGAAAAUGCAAGGUCUGACGAUGAUAAAGACAUACAAUUCGAAUCAAAACAAGAUGAAAUUCAACCGUCAGUAGUAUUCAAACCGGCUAGUGCUGAAUCAGAAAUUAUAAAACCUAAGUUAGAACAGUCAAUGUCGGAACAAUCAUAUAGUGCGAAACAACAGGAAAACAGUACGAAAAUCACAGGUGACACCGAUGCUCUUCCUGAAAAAAAGGAUGACAAUAAUUUAAUUAACGAUGGUACUCAUCACAAUGGCAUGGAUUUAGAAACUGCUGCCAUAACUAUACAAAAAGUAUUUAGAACCUUUCUUUUUAAAAGUAAAACAACCAGUAUAGAUGAUGCUACAAACGUGGAUAUUAAUUUGUUUAUUAACGAUAAGAAUGUCCAGGAGAAUAUAAAUAUUUCAAAUGUAAAUAUAAAUAAAGAAAGAAGAGGCAUAAGCAGAAUGGAUACCGUAUUGCAAACCGUUAAUGAAGAAAAGUCUUUGUCAUUAUCUACCGAUGAUUCUUCGACUUUAUCUAGUGCAGCUACAAUUAUACAGGCGCAUAUAAGGGGAUUUCUUGUAAGAAAUAAAUUCAAUGUUAAUAAAGCCUCGUCUUCGUCACUUCUUGACUCUGAAUGUUUUUCUGGAACUUCUAUGGAAACAGAAAGUGAUCAACAAAAAGGGAAAACUAUACUGAAUAUACAUAUUGUUCCUGAACGGGGGCACUUUACAAGUAGGGAUGAAAGUAUCAUAACGUCAAUGGAUUUAUCUAUGGACAAUAGCCCACCCUCAUCUUCCAAUUUACAUCCGCAUAGUUAUGAUAUCAAUGAACGACGAAAACAAUUGAAAAGGGAAGACGCUGUUCAAUCUGUCUCUCCGCCUAGCAAUAACAGCAGUAGUAAACAAAGUGAAGAUGUAGAUUCAGUUAGGGAGUUGUUAGUACCGGAAAAUACGGAUUUAUCAAAAAAGGUUACUGCCGAUCCGUUAAUUCAAGGCAAUAAUGAUGUAUGUCCUACACAUAAUGAAAUUCAAACAGCUGUAGAAAAAGAAAUGAAUGAGCAUUCACCACAGCCGUCUAUUGAAAAUCGCAUAACAUCUGAUGAAUCGGAUGUGGUAACGCCAUUCAUUGAACAGAGUAUAAGUUCAGAUAACGUCAAAUUAAUGCAUUCCAGUGAGUUUCAUGAGGUAGUUUUACCCACAAAGGUGUCACGAAGUGACACUUCUGUCGUCCGUGGUGAGUGAAGACAUCUAAUUUUAUCAGAGUUCCACAACGUGUUAGCGUACUUUUUACUAUGGAAUUAAUCAAUCAACAUUCAACGCAAGAAUAUUAUUAUAUCUGGCACUGCUG